AUGCGUAAAUCUCCGCGCUUCGGCGGCCUCCGUCUCCUCCUCUCCCACCAUCACCGCCCGAAAAACCCCCAACCCCGCUCCUCCUCCAUUUGCUCCCAUCUCCUCUCCGGUCAAAAUCAGCGACAGCAGAAUCAACAACCGGAGCAAAGAAAUGCGGGCUUCUCUUCGCUCAGCGGCGGCCCUGGGCCCCCUAGGGUUUGCGAGCCCUCGCUCUUGUUCCACAAGAAACCCAACAGGGAUUUCUGGUCCUCGACCAAACCGCCGCCCGGCGCUCAAUCGUCAUCGCCCCAUUUGAUUUACUUCGUUCGCAAUUAUUCACUUAGGGUUGCCAAGGUUAAAAAGACCGUGUUUGAUGAUGAGACCAGCCAACGGGCAGUUAAUACGGCAUUAUGGUGUAACUUUCUGGUCUUCUCUCUCAAGUUUGGUGUGUGGUUUGUGACCUCCAGUCAUGUUAUGUUAGCUGAAGUGGUGCAUUCAGUUGCUGAUUUUGCAAACCAGGCACUUCUUGCCUAUGGUUUGAGUAGUUCAAGGCGUGCUCCUGAUGCUAUGCACCCCUAUGGUUAUUCAAAGGAAAGAUUUGUCUGGUCCUUGAUAUCUGCAGUUGGUAUCUUCUGUCUGGGUUCUGGGGCCACAAUUGUGCAUGGAUUCCAGAACUUGUGGACAUCGCAUCCUCCUGAAAAUAUUCACUAUGCUGCUUUAGUAAUUGGUGGUUCAUUCCUUAUUGAAGGAGCUUCACUGCUGGUUGCUAUUAAUGCUGUAAAGAAAGGAGCAGCUGCAGAAGGAAUGACAGUCUGGGAUUAUGUUUGGCGUGGUCAUGAUCCAACAUCUGUUGCUGUUAUGACUGAGGAUGGUGCUGCUGUUACAGGUCUUGCUAUUGCUGCUGCCUCACUGGUCGCUGUAAAUACGACAGGAAAUGCAAUCUAUGACCCAAUUGGUUCCAUCAUAGUUGGUAAUUUACUUGGAAUGGUUGCCAUAUUUCUCAUUCAAAGAAACCGACAUGCUUUGAUUGGUCGAGCAAUUGAUGCAUUUCAUUUUUUGAAAUCAGAUCCAGUGGUUGAUGCUUUAUAUGAUUGCAAGAGUGAGGUGAUUGGGCCUGGAUUCUUUAGAUUCAAAGCAGAAAUUGAUUUCAAUGGGGUGGUGGUGGUGCAAAAUUAUUUGGAAAGAACUGGACGUGAAGAAUGGGCCAAGCAGUUCCGUGAGGCUGCAAAAUGCGAGGAUGACUCCGCAUUACUGAAGGCUAUGGCAAAUUAUGGUAUGAAUUAUUCAAGGUGUAGAAAUCAUGUGCUAAAGCAAAAGAGAUCAUAUUCAGUACAGGUGUCUGGCUUUGUGUUGGUUAGUUUGGAAAUUAGAAUACCUACUUACAUGCAGAUACUAAGUUAUGAUGCUAAAAAAACUUCUUAA